GUGCCGUACGUUCGCCUCCCACCCACUUUCCUCCCAGACAAACACACGUGGAUUCCACGGAUCCAGACAGAAACAACAAUAACAUGGCAAGCCAAGCGCUCACAUACGACGGCUGCAAUUUCUUCAGGCAGCGCCUCGUCUUGUCGACACUGAGCGGCAAACGGGUUAAGAUCAAAAACAUCCGAUCGAGGGAUGACAACCCCGGGCUGCGCGAUUUUGAGGCCAGCUUCAUCAGGCUAUUAGAUAAAGUGACCAACGGCACCAGAAUAGAGAUCAACCAGACAGGUACUGUUUUAUUCUACCAGCCUGGCUUGCUGUGUGGUGGCUCUGUGGAGCAUGACUGUAACCCCCAGCGCUCCAUCGGCUACUACCUCGAGGCCCUGUUAAUGCUGGCCCCGUUCAUGAAGACUGCGCUGAGGGCCACGCUGAGGGGAGUCACCAACGACCCGACCGAUCCCUCAGUUGACCUGCUCAAGUCCACAGCCAUCCCUCUGAUGAAGAAGUUUGGCCUUGAAGGAGAGGGCUUGGAUAUCAAGGUGGUGAAGAGGGGUAUGGCACCUGGUGGUGGAGGAGAGGUGGUCUUCACCUGUCCCGUCCGCAGGACCGUCAGGCCCGUCCUGUUUACCGACCCCGGGAAGAUCAAGAGGAUCCGGGGAGUAGCAUACUCAGUGAGAGUUUCCCCCCAAAUGGCCAACCGCAUCGUGGACUCUGCCAGGAGCGUCCUCAACCAGUGCCUUCCAGAUAUCUACAUCCACACCGACCACAUGAAGGGGGCCAACUCUGGCAAAUCUCCAGGUUUUGGUCUGACGCUGGUGGCGGAGACUCUGACUGGCUGCUUCCUCAGCGCUGAGAUGUCGUCCACGCCUCAGGGUCAGGGCGACCCUGUUCUUCCAGAGGACCUUGGCAGGGACUGUGCCAAACUUCUUUUGGAGGAAAUAUAUCGGGGUGGCUGCGUUGAUUCCUCCAAUCAGAGCCUGGCGUUGCUCUUCAUGACCCUGGGCCAGCAGGAUGUGUCCAAGGCGCUGCUGGGACCUCUCUCCCCAUACACGAUCGAAUUCCUCAGGCACAUUAGAGAUUUCUUCCAGAUCAUGUUCAAGAUGGAGACGCAGAAGGCUUCAGAAGAUGAAAUGAAAGGGGGGGACAAGGUCCUCAUGACCUGUGUCGGAGUAGGUUACAGCAACAUUAACAAAACCAUAAAAUAAAGCAUUUCAACAAGGUCUGGGCAGCUUGUUUUGGUGAACUUUAUAAUGUCUCCUGGUUGAGUCAGAAGUGAUAGCUCUUGGCUCAGUCCCAACAACCACACUCCAGCAAAUCCUGCUGUUCAUUUUCAUUUUACACCCGUCUCUUUGUGCCUCCAGUUCUGUGUGUAAUGCAAAAAAAA